AUGCCAGUUUUGAUAUUUUCAACAUCCUUAACCACACAAAAAGUCAGUUUUCUAAACUUAUUUCCUAUUUUCAUGCCGUGUUCCACUUUGGGGUCUGUGGCAUGGCGUCGUAUUAAAGAUGACAAGUUUCUGAAGAUUGGCACAAUGACCUGGGCUGGAGACAGCAACGUGUCGUUAAAUUAUUCUCGGUAUUCUAGUGCUGUGACCACCUGGGACCUGGUCAUUCACCAGGCGAGUCCUGAGGAUGCCGGUUUGUAUGAGUGUCAGGUGACAUCUCGUGCCGGCCACAUCCGGUUAGUGCAGCUGAACGUUCUCCCUGUUUAUCUUCCUUCACUAUAUCUCCUUGUUUCAAUAUCCAUUACUGGUAAAAUGUAUGUGGACCUGGGUGACAAGAUAUACCUUAUUUGUAAUGCUUCCGGUGGGCCGAGAAUCCCUGACGAAAUCGACUGGUUCAAAGCUGGGGACAAGAUCGAUUCUUCUAAAUACAGACACGUUGCCUUGGAUAAACACCAGUCUAUGGCCGACAGCUCCUUCAUCUCCAGGUUGACCAUUGAACACAGUCAGCUGUCUGACACUGGAGACUACAUCUGUCGAAGCAGUCGCAACGACAUUGCCAGUUUAAAAGUUACAGUUCUUAACGCUGAAACAGCAAACAAGAGGCGAG